ACAAAACCGAAGGCACCGGUCAACCGAAGGCUGUCCUCACUUUGUGUUUGUUUGUCACUGCACGUUGAGAAAUGUGGAAUGCUGCGUUCGGAAAUGGGUCAGAUUUGCGUAGUGGAGGAGGCGGCGGCGGAGGUGGCGGCGGGUACGUGCCAGCGCAAGACUGGGAAUUCGUUCCCUGCUCCCGUCUGGAAAGAGAAAGAGAGAGGGGCAGAGGGAAGAGUCGCAGCCCGUUCAGGACGUUCUCCUCCCCGCCAACAGUCACUCCGUUCUACGAACAGUCUCAUCCUGGAACGGUUGGAACAUCAGUGGAACGUCCUCCGGGACAUGAGCCAGGGACUCAUCACUCCCGCCUGAAAAAGAAGUUUGAGCACUUAAAGAAACGCCACGGACAGGACAAGGAAGAAUGGAUACGAGAGAAGGAGAUACUGUUAAGACAAGUUGCUGAGAUACAAGGAGGGGAGAACAGAAGGAUUUUGUUGGAUCUGAAGACUGUAGUGGAGGAGGUGCAGCUGGAGGUGAAGAGAGAGGAGGCGAAGAGGAGCGAGCUACAGCUGCAGUACACUAAGGACACAUGUGCAUGGCAACUGGAGAGAGCUGAGCUGAAAUGCAGAAUCGCACAGUUGGAGGCUAGAGGAGGUCCUGUCGUUGAGGUGGGGCUGAGAACUCAGAGUCCAGAGUCCAGGGAGAGUACUCUACAGCAGGGGGACAGAGAGCAGCAGAGGAGGCUGCUGGUUGACACCCACACGGCCGCCAUGGACAUGCGCUGCCGGCUGGAGCUCAGCGAGAAGGGCUGGGUCCGAGAGAAGUCUGAACUGCUGGAGAGAUUCAACUCUGAGAGGAAGGAGUGGGAGAGCCAGCUGGGAGACAUGCAGAGGAAGAUAGAGGAGAUGUACAACGAGGUGAAGGUGAGGCGUGAGGUAUCUGGGGAGGUGAGAGAACCUGUCGGAGAGAUUACAGAGGAAGUUACCCUGAGUGUCAGCGUACAUUCCACCAGCACAGGAUCCAGCAUGCUUAGCGACAACUCGACCUCCGACCCCCAAAGCAGCAGCAGCCAAUCAGAGCCCGCCAACCAACACUGCUCCUACCCCCGUGGUCACGGCAACGACGACUUCGCCGCCCACAGAAACCGGGCGGAUCACCGUGGCAACAGAGGAAUCCCCCGUAACUAUGACGACUGUGUUGGUAACCAGGAAGUGGACAUGGCGGAACUGGAGGCCAUCCUGCGAGGGGUGAUGGGGCGAGGGGUUGACAGAGACUCUCCCUCUAAAGGGGGUAUGGUUAAUGUCCACCGCGCCUCCCACGGUGGACCUAGCGUAGGAGUAGCCCACAACACAGAGGUGAGCUCUGGGACAUGGAGUGACAAGAAGGAGAACACUACAGCCCUCAAUGCCGCCCUGAAGGAGAUAGCCCGUGUGAGUGAAGAGCUGUGUAGCUACCAGGAUGAGAUCGGGAGGAAGUCCGGAGGGGACAAGAGGGGUCGAACCGAGUCCGUGUAUUUCCCCGAGGUGGACCAUGUUACGACCAGAGAGAGAAUGGAGGAUCCUGUCUUCAACCUGACGCAGCUGGUAGCUGACCUCCGGGCCCUGGAAGAGGAGAACUGGCUGUCCAUCAGGAAGGACCCCACCAGGGGCCCCAGUCACCUCAAGGACCCCACAUCCAAGCCCUCUGAGUGGGAGAGAGAAGCACCUCCGCUCCCCCCUCUGCUGGUUCCUCCUCCUAUCCCUCCUCGGACAACAUCGUGGUACCUCGCCAGCCCCUCCCCUGAACUACAACUACAUGUCCCAGAAUCCCUCAGUGGCUCAGGCAGGAAGUGCCACAGCCCCUGUCUCCUGUUAGACAGGAAGUGCAGCAGCAGCCCAUCGAUAGUGAGGAAGUUCGAGGCGAUGCUGCAGGAGAACGAGGGCAAAGUUCUGACGGAGGCGGGGUUUACCACCUGCGCUGUUCCCGCUAACUCCCACUGCAACGUGGGCUGCUGCCACAACCGCUGGUCCUGCGACGGGAGCCGCUUCGGCAGCAGCAAGUUGUCCACCUACGUGCCUGUCCAGAAGAGCCUGUCUGAAGUCAACAUAGUGAGUGCUGCUGGGAGAGACUUGAUGCACGACUACAGGCCCGUUGAGAACCCAAGAAGCCCUGAGAGAGAGAGUCAUAUACAACCUGGAAACAAAGACCUAGCAGUUUCACACACCUUUCUUGACCUUACCUUAGAGUUACCCCCUCCAGGAUCCAACCCUCCAGGCUCCAACCCUCCAGGCUCCAACCCUCCAGGCUCCAACCCUCCAGGCUCCAACCUUCCAGGCUCCAACCCUCCAGGCCACAGUAGGAAUAAGAUGCUGGAACAGGCCACUGCUGAGUUUAACAGGACUCUCUUCCAGGCUGAGAUGGGUCGAGGGAUGGAGGACGAUGAGGUGGAGGACAGUUUUACCUCAGCGGGUGUCUCUAAGGGGGGCAUAACAGACGGUACGACGGUAUGUGGCGAGGUCACACACGGGGUCACCAGGGAGACGAACUUUGACCUCCCGCCACGGCACACCACAGAGGUCAGACAAAAGAAGGUGAUCUGUGACAUCACAGCUCAGAAGCUGAGUUCAGGGAUCAAACUGAGCCAGGCUCUGCCCCCAUCUGACCCUCAUCCAGGGGUCACCGUCAGGACCUUUGACCCCCCUGCCAUCUCUGACCUUUCACCCCAACGCCCAGAAGUUACGUUUAGGAACAUGCCUUCUAACCCGGCAACACGCUGCCCUGAGGUCAAGCAGCCUACCCAGGCUACACAUCCAGCUCCAGGACCAGAGGUGAGUGCCAGUCCUAAGAGGGACAACAAGGCCCAAGGAGAGAGGCCUCAUUCAGUUAAGUCAUGGCCAGCGCCCCAGCCUCCUACAAACCCUAGGCCAAGGCAGGUUGGGCAACCUGGGGGUCGCCCAACCACAACGCAGGACACCCCUAAACCUGGAUCUGUGGGCCCAGGACUCUGUGUGCCAGGAGCUGUGGGGCCAGGACUCUGUGUGCCAGGAGCUGUGGGGCCAGGAGCGUUGGGGCCAGGACUCUGUGUGCCAGGAGCGUUGGGGCCAGGACUCUGUGUGCCAGGAGCUGUGGGGCCAGGACUCUGUGUGCCAGGAGCUGUGGGGCCAGGACUCUGUGUGCCAGGAGCUGUGGGGCCAGGACUCUGUGUGCCAGGACUCUGUGUGCCAGGACUCUGUGUGCCAGGACUCUGUGUGCCAGGACUCUGUGUGCCAGGACUCCGUGUGCCAGGUGUAAUGAGCGACCAGCCCUGGAAGCCCCUGACCCUGGCUGCUUUGCGUCCGUCUGAGUCCAGGUCUAAUUACGGCGCUGUGGAGAGGAUCCUGAAGAGCUAUGAGAACACUGCCUGGAGCCAGCGCCCCAGUCUCAGCCCCAGUCCUAACCCUUGCUUCAGCCCCAGUCCUAACCCUGGCUUCAGCCCCAGUCCUAACCCUUGCUUCAGCCCCAGUCUCAGCCCCAGUCCUAACCCUGGCUUCAGCCCCAGUCCUAACCCUGGACCCAGCCCCAGUACUAACCCUGGCUUCAGCCCCAGUCUCACCCCCAGUCCUAACCCUUGCUUCAGCCCCAGUCCUAACCCUGGACUCAGCCCCAGUCCUAACCCUGGACUCAGCCCCAGUCUCAGCCCUGGUCCUAACCCUGGCUUCAGCCCCAGUCCUAACCCUGGACCCAGCCCCAGUACUAACCCUGGCUUCAGCCCCAGUCUCACCCCCAGUCCUAACCCUUGCUUCAGCCCCAGUCCUAACCCUGGACUCAGCCCCAGUCCUAACCCUGGACUCAGCCCCAGUCUCAGCCCUGGACUCAGCCCCAGUCUCAGCCCUGGUCCUAGCCCCAGACAGGAAGAGGAACUCAUGGAUCUUCUGGCGGAGAUGAUGGACAAGGAUAACUGGGAUCAGCCAGGCCCUGCCUCUGGACGCUCCUCCCACACACACUCUCACCACAGCCAGCUGACCAGCUCCCUCAGAGAGACGAGGCUAACCAUGCAGGCGAUUCCUAUGGGUCCUGGUUGA